AUGGUUGAUUGCAGUGUCUGGAAGUCAGAGCUGGAGGCCCCCACGAGGUGCCCGCUGCUGGGCAGGUUCAGGGGGGCGCUGCCCGACGCCCCGGGCUACUGCGCGACGCUCACGUCAGACUGUCGUACUCCUGACGUCAUGACGUACGUCGUCACGCAGUGCGUCAACACUUCUCUUGCUUACGAACAUCCUAUUCCUGCUUUAACUGGUGAUUUAAACACACCACCCAGACCUCUGGACUCAAUACCACCCCCCCUCCCACCAGAGAUCCAGGUCAGUUACUUACCAGUCUCGAACUCGUCUCGAUUCUCAAGUCGAACUCCCACCGAGAUCGUCGUCAGCAGCUCCGGAGGACAAGGGAGUCACAUCGUGCGGUUGCCUCCUCCCGAGAUGACGUCUACUGUGAAUUUACAUUCUGGAAGUUCCUCUCCGAAGAAGGGGUCUAUACCGGGCACCAUCUCACUGUUGCCGUCAGACAACAGGGUCAGCAUAUUAGGAGGUGCUGUACAAAGCAAUGCGCCUUCAAGUCGUGCGCAGGAGAUCAGCGUUUCAAGUAACUACCCAAGUGAAGAUCGUAGAGGAGUUAUCGGAGCUCACUUAACUAUCGGAGAACCUCAAACAGUGCGAGUGAAGAGGUCUGAUGUCACUGCUCCUCCCAGGGUCUCUAGAGCCAAGACCACCGUCAUCAGUUUCAGGUGGGAUGCCAGACCCACAACCCGAAGAACAGACUUCUUGGGCGAGACCACCACUGAAAGAUUGGAUAACAGACCCCAGCGAACAGGGAGUGGACGAAGUCAUCCGCCUUCUUUGCCGCCAAUUGUAGAUGCACGACAAAAUCUGCCCUCGCCUCCGAGAGAAGAGCAAUUUUCCGCGUCCAUUGAUCCUGGUUCCCGACGACCGUACAGUUGGCCAACAAAUAAUCGAGGCGACGCUGAUUCCUCAUUUAUGAACCCCAGCAGACGACCUGUCACUCAUAGCAUCACGGAGCCUCCUUUUGCAGCAGAUGAUGGCGGCUCAAGUCGUGCAGCGUGGAUAACUGAAGUUGAUGACGAACGAGGCGAACGUUUUAAUGUGGUCGUCUCGAGAGGUGAUAGUUUUCCAGGCUCGACUUCAAGUGCUGAUGAAAACCCCCUGCCCAGGAAUUACCCUCCAUUGAACCAUGGUGUCGGUCGUCACAGACACACCGUUCACCGGCAUGGUUCAACCGCACCAUUUAGCUUCAACUCACGAGUUCCUGAAGCUUUUCCACCAGCGCAUGAUGUUGAUCCUUCACUGGGAGGGCGGCCUUCUCCUCACCUUAAUGAUAGACGACUGCCUGCUUUGCAUGACACGCUUGACCUUCCUAGGACUGUGGAUUUGCCUUCUUCCUCUAAUCGGAAGCCACCUUCUUCUUUCAACUUUGAUAUUCAAGAUAGACGAACUAUUCAUCGCCCUAAUAAACAAACCUCCAACACACAAAGAUUCCAAACUACCACGCCCAGCGUCUCAAACCAACAACGUGGAAGUAACCUCGGAGUGAGAAGAUUUCAAUCUUCCAACGACGGACAUCAGCAUUUGCUUCCUACGAAGCCACCAUUGCGCGUCGACCUGAACACAGAGCGCGAUUAUCGCUGUAUCGGCGAGUGGCGGGAAGACGAUCACGUGUAUGCGCUCACGUAUCGUCCGGACACGCACACGCAUGAGUGUUUCGUGGGGACCGAGACGCGGGACGGUCACGUGUACGUCAAGGAGGCGGGGGGCGUGGCGGGGGCGUGUGCCCGGGGGGUGCGGCCCGAUGUUAUGGGCAUGCUGCUCGUCAGGAAAGGUUCUCAGCAGCAACCGAAAACAGGUUCUCAGCAGGAACCGAAAACAGGUUCUCAGCGGAAACCAAAAACAGGUUCUCAGCAGGAACCGAAAACAGGUUCUCAGCAGGAAAUGAAAACAGGUCCUCAGUAUGAACCGAAAACAGGUUCUCAGCAGGAACCAAAAACAGGUUCUCAGCAGGAACCAAAAACAGGUUCUCAGAAGGAACCAAAAACAGGUUCUCAGCAGGAACAAAAAACAGGUUCUCAGCAGGAACCAAAAACAGGUUCUCAGCAGGAACCGAAUACAGGUUCUCAGCAGGGACCGAAUACAGGUUCUCAGCAAGAACCGAAAACAGGUUCUCAGAGGAACUGA